UUUUAUCAAAAGAUCAGUACAUCUCCAUUCAGUUGAGAAUGUUUAUUUAUAGCAUCUACAUUUAUUUGGAAUAUUUGAGAGAUUAUCUGUGAUGUAGCAACAGGUUUCCUCUGCCAAGCCUUUUGUCUACUUGUCCAUGAAGGACCUCAGACAAACACAUUUCAAGGAGGGGAUGAGGGACAACACAGUACAUAUUAUCAACUGAUCUUCCAGUUGUUUGGAGGACUUUUGUGGCUAUAUAUUUGAAUAGUUCCUCUACAGUGGAAUGUCCUCUCUUCCAUUCUUUCUCAUUAUGGUCCUCUUCCUCAUUCCCCCCCCCCCUUUUUUUUUUGCUGCUCUAGGGUAGUGAUGGCAGACAGGCAUCCAAAAGUUGAGUCCCUAUAAAGAUAGAGAUUUUCUCACAUCUUCAUACCUUGAUUACCAUUAUUAAUCCUGUUCCCUACAGAAAAGUUCCCUGCAGUUGUGAAAAUAUUUCCCUCAGGUGGAAUAGCAGUUUAUCUUACCUGUCUCUGACUGUUUAUGACUGAACAAUGUUAUUGUUAUCUUUUUUUCCUCAAGAGCUCCGAUUGGUAAAUGGAAGUCAUUACUGUCGAGGCCGCGUUGAAAUUAGACAUUAUUACGAAGCAUGGGGGACCGUUUGUGAUGAUCUUUGGGACCUACAAGAUGCAGAUGUGGUAUGCAGACAGCUUGGAUGUGGACGAGCCAUCCAAGCAACACAAUCAGCAUAUUUUGGUCAAGGAUAUGGUCCUAUUUACCUGGAUAAUGUUCAGUGCAAUGGGUAUGAAUCCUACCUCUGGAAUUGUCCUAAUCGGGGCUGGGGAGUCCAUGACUGUUCCCACAGGGAAGAUGCUGGAGUUAUUUGUUCAGUGGGUGCCUUUGAAUAUCUAAGACUGGUCAAUGGAAGGAACAGAUGUGAGGGGCGUAUUGAAAUAUUAUACAAUGGAUCAUGGGGGACUGUCUGUGAUGAUGGCUGGGACAUGAAAGACGCAAGGGUGGUGUGCAAGCAGCUCGGAUGUGGAACAGCUCUCUCAGCACUUGGAUCUGCUCACUUUGGUCAAGGCUCAGAAAACAUAACUCUGGAUGAUGUAGAUUGCACAGGGAAUGAAGACAAAUUGGAGGAAUGUCCUCAUAAUGGAUGGUAUAUUCAUAAUUGCAACCACGGAGAAGACGCUGGUGUCAACUGCUCAGGUAUCUUCUGUAGACUGAAAUCUGAUAGCAUAAUGGAUAGAGAAAAGAAAAUAAUACAAUACAUUCAAAUCAAUGUGGGGGCAACCUCUCAAAUUCAUAUGGAUCCAUCUCUGGACCUCAUUAUGCUGGAAACAACAGCAAAAUGCAGUGUGUCUGGGCUGGAUUGUAAUACAGAAUAUAUUGAGAUUUUUGAUGGACCCCAGUAUAGUCCAUAUCCCCUUGGAAAGACUUGUUCUGGCAUCUAUCUCAACUAUACUUAUUCAUCUACUUCCAACAUAAUGACUAUUGUGAUGCACAGAGAUUCAGGCUAUUCAGGAGAUGGGUUCUCUGCUCAUUACUACUCUGUUACACAAGAAACAAGCAGGCUUACCACAACACCGGCUUCACUUACUACCACAGCAGCAUCACUUACUACGACACCAGCUUCACUUACUACAACACCAGCUUCUACUACAAAAUAUACUAAACAGAGCAGGAUUACUACAACACCAGCUUCACUUAGUACAAAAGCAGCUCCACUUACUACGACACCGGCUUCACUUAAUACGACACCAGCUUCACUUACUACAAAACCAGCUUCACUUACUACCACAGCAGCAUCACUUACUACGACACCAGCUUCACUUACUACAAAACCAGCUUCAACUACUAACUAUACUAAAACAAGCAGGCUUACCACAACACCGGCUACACUUACUACAACACCAGCUUCACUUACUACAACACCUGGUUCUACUACGAAGUAUACUAAAACAAGCAGGCUUACCACAACACCGGCUACACUUACUACAACACCAGCUUCACUUACUACAACACCUGGUUCUACUACGAAGUAUACUAAACCAAGCAGGCUUACCACAACACCGGCUUCACUUGCUAUGACACCAGCUUCACUUACUACGACGCCAGCUUCUACUACGAAGUAUACUAAACCAAGCAGGCUUACCACAACACCGGCUUCACUUGCUACGACACCAGCUUCACUUACUACGACGCCAGCUUCUACUACGAAGUAUACUAAAACAAGCAGGCUUACUAUGACACCACGUUCACUUACUAGGACACCAGCUUCAACCCCUAAGUAUACUAAACCACGCAGGCUUACUACAACACCAGCUUCACUUAGUACAACAGCAGCUUCACUUACUAUGACACCAACUUCAACUACUAAGUAUACUAAACCAAGCAGGCUUACUACAAUACCAGCUUCAUUUACUACAACACCAGCUUCACUUACUACCACAGCAGCUUCGCUUAUUACGACACCGGCUUCACUUACUACAACACCAACUUCACUUACUACGACACCAGCUCCACUUACUACAACACCUCCUUCUACUACGAAGUAUACUAAACCAAGCAGGCUUACCACAACACCGGCUUCACUUGCUACGACACCAGCUUCACUUACUACGACGCCAGCUUCUACUACGAAGUAUACUAAACCACGCAGGCUUACUACAACACCAGCUUCACUUAGUACAACAGCAGCUUCACUUACUAUGACACCAACUUCAACUACUAAGUAUACUAAACCAAGCAGGCUUACCACAGCACCAUCUUCACUUACUACAACACUAGCUUCACUUACUAUGACACCAGCUCCACUUACUACAACACCUCCUUCUACUACGAAGUAUACUAAAACAAGCAGGCUUACCACAACACCGGCUACACUUGCUACGACACCAGCUUCACUUACUACAACACCUGCUUCUACUACGAAGUAUACUAAACCAAGCAGGCUUACCACAGCACCAUCUUCACUUACUACAACACUAGCUUCACUUACUAUGACACCAGCUCCACUUACUACAACACCUCCUUCUACUACGAAGUAUACUAAAACAAGCAGGCUUACCACAACACCGGCUACACUUGCUACGACACCAGCUUCACUUACUACAACACCUGCUUCUACUACGAAGUAUACUAAACCAAGCAGGCUUACCAUAGCACCAUCUUCACUUACUACAACACCAGCUUCACUUACUACGACACCAGCUCCACUUACUACAACACCUCCUUCUACUACGAAGUAUACUAAAACAAGCAGGCUUACCACAACACCGGCUACACUUGCUACGACACCAGCUUCACUCACUACAACACCUGCUUCUACUACGAAGUAUACUAAAACAAGCAGGCUUACCACAACACUAGCUUCACUUACUACCACAGCAGCUUCUACUACAAAGUAUACUAGACUUUCAUGCUCUGAAGGACACAUGCGUGCAUGGAUCAGCAUAUAUUAUCUCAAUUCACUCGGCUAUAAUGCAACACAAGUUUACGUGAACGCUUUAGAUAGUUCAUGCUCAUCUCGAAUUAUAGGAGGUUAUAUUUACUUUGCUAUACCAUUCGAUGGUUGUAACACAGAGAGAAGGGUGAAAAAUAAUGACACUAUAAUUUAUUACAAUGUAAUCAAGACUUACAACUCUGAUUAUAUCAUUACAAGAAAGAAAAACUUUCAAUUUCAUGUUUUGUGUGAAAUGAAGCAGAGCACUGUUGUAGAGACAAAAUUUAUUGCUCAAAAUGCAAUUGACCUUACUCAAAACCAAACUGGCCAUUACAAUGUGUCUCUGGCAUUCUAUUCAUCACGAUCAUUUGCCCAUAAAAUUACAGAAUCAACAUACUAUGUUUCACUCAACCAGAAUUUAUAUCUUCAAGCUACUCUUCACAGUAGUGAUGCAAACCUUGUACUAUUUCUAGACACAUGUAUCACAUCUCCAGAUAGUAAUGAUUUUACAACCUUGUCCUAUGACUUAAUCAGAAGUGGAUGUGCACGAGAUUCUUCUUAUAAAAACCUGCGCUCACCAAGGAACAACGUAGUUCAUUUCCGAUUCAACUCCUUUAAGUUCCUUAACAGGCACAAUGCAGUUUAUAUGCAAUGUAAAUUUGUAGUGUGUAGGGCAAAUGAUCGUUCAUCCCGAUGCUACCAGGGAUGUUUAAUUAGAAAAAAGAGAGAUACAGAUGAACUUCAGGAGAACUUUGACCAAGAACUAACGUCCUCACUUUUGUCAUCUUCAUACAUGAAUCAUAGCAACAGGGAAAUUGAAAAAACAGACGUGAAAGCAGAUUUCAGCUCCUUUACAGAGGAGAAAAAAAAAUCUCUGAGACUGGUGAAUGGAUCAGACAAAUGUCGUGGUCGUGUUGAGGUCUUUUACGAUGGAAGCUGGGGAACAAUUUGUGAUGAUGGCUGGGACCUGAAUGACGUACAAGUUGUGUGUAGACAACUUGCCUGUGGAGAGGCCGUUCAACCUCUGUUUAAUGCUGCAUUUGGGAGAGGAACUGGCAGCAUCUUCCUGGAUGAGGUCCAGUGCAAAGGGAAUGAAUCAUCUCUUGAAGAAUGCUCCCAUCCACCCUGGGGCAAACAUAACUGUCACCACAAGGAAGAUGCUGGUGUCAUUUGUUCAGAAAUUGCAUUGGCAACGACAGCAAGCUCUUUGACUAUAAGGUUGAUGAAUGGAAAAGACAGAUGCCAGGGUCGACUUGAAAUCUUUUACAAUGGAAACUGGGGAACAGUCUGUGAUGAUGGUUGGGACCUACAAGACGCAGAGGUUGUAUGCAGACAGCUUGCCUGUGGAGAAGUUAUGGAAGCCACAACAGAAGCCUAUUUUGGAGAAGGCACUGGCAACAUCAUCCUCGAUAACAUCCAGUGCAAUGGGAAUGAAUCAUCUAUAGAAGAGUGCUCCCAUUCUGGCUGGGCAGUUCAUGAGUGUAACCACAAGGAAGAUGCUGGCGUCAUUUGCUCAGAAGUUCAUGUGAGGCUGUCAGGAAACUAUUGUUCCGGCCUUCUUGAAGUUUAUUACUUUGGUGGCUGGACUGGUGUCUGUCAUCAACAUUUCAGCCUCACCGACGCUGAGGUCGUCCGCAGGGAGCUGCGAUGUGGCCGAGCACUUAGCGUUGUGGAAGACUACUCCAGUGCCGUCUACCCUUAUCUGAGUGACGUGUUCUGUACUGGCAGUGAAGACUUCUUGUGGCAAUGUUCAUUUCGAGAAGGAGGCUGCAGGAACAACGCAAGCGUUAGGGUCACAUGUGCAGACGUUUAUGUAACAGUUAAUUUUCAAGAGCUGCGUUUGGUAAGCGGAAGGGAUAACUGUCAAGGCCGUGUUGAAGUUCGGCGUAAUUAUGGAGAAUGGGGAACAGUUUGUGAUGAUUCAUGGGAUCUAAGGGAUGCAACUGUAGUAUGCAGACAGCUUGGAUGCGGAGAAGCUAUUGCAGCUAAUUAUGGAGCACAUUUUGGACAAGGAUAUGGUCCUAUUCUCCUGGAUGAUGUUCAGUGCAAUGGAUAUGAAUCCUAUCUUUGGCAAUGCGCAAGUGCAGGCUGGGGAAAUCAUAACUGCAACCACCAAGAGGAUGCUGGUGUUAUUUGUUCAGGUACUUAUUCUGUCAGAUAACUCCGAUUGGUAAAUGGAAGUCAUUACUGUCGAGGCCGCGUUGAAAUUAGACAUUAUUACGAAGCAUGGGGGACCGUUUGUGAUGAUCUUUGGGACCUGAAAGAUGCAGAUGUGGUAUGCAGACAGCUUGGAUGUGGACAAGCCAUCCAAGCAACACAAUCAGCAUAUUUUGGUCAAGGAUAUGGUCCUAUUUACCUGGAUAAUGUUCAGUGCAAUGGGUAUGAAUCCUACCUCUGGAAUUGUCCUAAUCGGGGCUGGGGAGUCCAUGACUGUUCCCACAGGGAAGAUGCUGGAGUUAUUUGUUCAGCCAAAAUGGAACGCAGCUCACCCCGGCCGCCCACCCUCAACUCCCUGAGCCCUCCUCCGUGAACCACAGGGAAUGAAUCUGUAAGAGUGGUCAAUGGAACAAACACAUGUGAGGGACGUGUUGAAGUCUUACGCGAUGGCUCAUGGGGGACUGUCUGUGAUGAUGGCUGGGACAUGAAAGACGCAACGGUCGUGUGCAGGCAGCUCGGAUGUGGAACAGCUCUCUCAGCACCUGGAUCUGCUGGCUUUGGUCAAGGCUCAGGAAACAUAACUCUGGAUGAUGUAGAUUGCACAGGGAAUGAAGACAAAUUAGAAAAUUGUUCUCAUAGAGGAUGGUAUAUUCAUAAUUGCUACCACAGAGAAGACGCUGGUGUCAUCUGCUCAGGUAUCUUCCGUAGUCUGCAAUUUAAUACUGUACUGGAUAGAGAAAACAAAAUAAUACAUCUUGGAUGCCUCCUAAUUUCCAAUCUUCUAUUCAAAAACACGGUUUCUGUCUCAUCUUUCUCAGAUGAAUCUGUAAGAGUGGUCAAUGGAACAAACACAUGUGAGGGACGUGUUGAAGUCUUCCGCGAUGGCUCAUGGGGGACUGUCUGUGAUGAUGGCUGGGACAUGAAAGACGCAACGGUCGUGUGCAGGCAGCUCGGAUGUGGAACAGCUCUCUCAGCACCUGGAUCUGCUGGCUUUGGUCAAGGCUCAGGAAACAUAACUCUGGAUGAUGUAGAUUGCACAGGGAAUGAAGACAAAUUAGAAAAUUGUUCUCAUAGAGGAUGGUAUAUUCAUAAUUGCUACCACAGAGAAGACGCUGGUGUCAUCUGCUCAGAUGAAUCUGUAAGAGUGGUCAAUGGAACAAACACAUGUGAGGGACGUGUUGAAGUCUUCCGCGAUGGCUCAUGGGGGACUGUCUGUGAUGAUGGCUGGGACAUGAAAGACGCAACGGUCGUGUGCAGGCAGCUCGGAUGUGGAACAGCUCUCUCAGCACCUGGAUCUGCUGGCUUUGGUCAAGGCUCAGGAAACAUAACUCUGGAUGAUGUAGAUUGCACAGGGAAUGAAGACAAAUUAGAAAAUUGUUCUCAUAGAGGAUGGUAUAUUCAUAAUUGCUACCACAGAGAAGACGCUGGUGUCAUCUGCUCAGCCACUUCCCCUUCCAAGAACACACUGCUGAGUCCUGUGACGUGGAAGACAUCCCACUUCAGCGUUAUGCUGAGGAGUGAGGCAAAUGAAUCUGUAAGAGUGGUCAAUGGAACAAACACAUGUGAGGGACGUGUUGAAGUCUUACGCGAUGGCUCAUGGGGGACUGUCUGUGAUGAUGGCUGGGACAUGAAAGACGCAACGGUCGUGUGCAGGCAGCUCGGAUGUGGAACAGCUCUCUCAGCACCUGGAUCUGCUGGCUUUGGUCAAGGCUCAGGAAACAUAACUCUGGAUGAUGUAGAUUGCACAGGGAAUGAAGACAAAUUAGAAAAUUGUUCUCAUAGAGGAUGGUAUAUUCAUAAUUGCAACCACGGAGAAGACGCUGGUGUCAUCUGCUCAGCCACUUCCCCUUCCAAGAACACACUGCUGAGUCCUGUGACGUGGAAGACAUCCCACUUCAGCGUUAUGCUGAGGAGUGAGGCAAAUGAAUCUGUAAGAGUGGUCAAUGGAACAAACACAUGUGAGGGACGUGUUGAAGUCUUCCGCGAUGGCUCAUGGGGGACUGUCUGUGAUGAUGGCUGGGACAUGAAAGACGCAACGGUCGUGUGCAGGCAGCUCGGAUGUGGAACAGCUCUCUCAGCACCUGGAUCUGCUGGCUUUGGUCAAGGCUCAGGAAACAUAACUCUGGAUGAUGUAGAUUGCACAGGGAAUGAAGACAAAUUAGAAAAUUGUUCUCAUAGAGGAUGGUAUAUUCAUAAUUGCUACCACAGAGAAGACGCUGGUGUCAUCUGCUCAGCCACUUCCCCUUCCAAGAACACACUGCUGAGUCCUGUGACGUGGAAGACAUCCCACUUCAGCGUUAUGCUGAGGAGUGAGGCAAAUGAAUCUGUAAGAGUGGUCAAUGGAACAAACACAUGUGAGGGACGUGUUGAAGUCUUCCGCGAUGGCUCAUGGGGGACUGUCUGUGAUGAUGGCUGGAACAUGAAAGACGCAACGGUCGUGUGCAAGCAGCUCGGAUGUGGAACAGCUCUCUCAGCACCUGGAUCUGCUGGCUUUGGUCAAGGCUCAGGAAACAUAACUCUGGAUGAUGUAGAUUGCACAGGGAAUGAAGACAAAUUAGAAAAUUGUUUUCAUAGAGGAUGGUAUAUUCAUAAUUGCAACCACGGAGAAGACGCUGGUGUCAUCUGCUCAGGACUUUCAUGCUCUGAAGGACACAUGCGUGCAUGGAUCAGCAUAUAUUAUCUCAAUUCACUCGGCUAUAAUGCAACACAAGUUUACGUGAACGCUUUAGAUAGUUCAUGCUCAUCUCGAAUUAUAGGAGGUUAUAUUUACUUUGCUAUACCAUUCAGUGGUUGUAACACAGAGAGAAGGGUGAAAAAUAAUGACACUAUAAUUUAUUACAAUGUAAUCAAGACUUACAACUCUGAUUAUAUCAUUACAAGAAAGAAAAACUUUCAAUUUCAUGUUUUGUGUGAAAUGAAGCAGAGCACUGUUGUAGAGACAAAAUUUAUUGCUCGAAAUGCAAUUGACCUUACUCAAAAGCAAACUGGCCAUUACAAUGUGUGUCUGGCAUUCUACUCAUCAGGAUCAUUUGCCCAUAAAAUUACACAAUCAACAUACUAUGUUUCACUCAACCAGAAUUUAUAUCUUCAAGCUACUCUUCACAGUAGUGAUGCAAACCUUGUACUAUUUCUAGACACAUGUAUCACAUCUCCAGAUAGUAAUGAUUUUACAACCUUGUCCUAUGACUUAAUCAGAAGUGGAUGUGCACGAGAUUCUUCUUAUAGAAACCUGCACUCACCAAGGAACAACGUAGUUCGUUUCCGAUUCAACUCCUUUAAGUUCCUUAACAGGCACAAUACAGUUUAUAUGCAAUGUAAAUUUGUAGUGUGUAGGGCAAAUGAUCGUUCAUCCCGAUGCUACCAGGGAUGUUUAAUUAGAAAAAGGAGAGAUACAGAUGAACUUCAGGAGAACUUUGACCAAGAACUAACGUCCUCACUUUUGUCAUCUUCACACAUGAAUCAUAGCAACAGGGAAAUUGAAAAAACAGACGUGAAAGCAGAUUUCAGCUCCUUUACAGAGGAGAAAAGUGUGAUGAGGGCUGGGAUUGAAGGAGCAUGGCAGCAGGAUGAGCUCUGUGAGAGCUCGAGAUUUUCAAUACCUACAGCGCAGAAAAUAGGUGGCUUUGCGGAGUCAGAGAGACGAGCAAUCCAUGAAGACAGUGCCAGUGAAGAGCUUCAGCAGCUUCGGAGUGAAAAAUCUCUGAGACUGGUGAAUGGAUCAGACAAAUGUCGUGGUCGUGUUGAGGUCUUUUACGAUGGAAGCUGGGGAACAAUUUAUGAUGAUGGCUGGGACCUGAAUGACGUACAAGUUGUGUGUAGACAACUUGCCUGUGGAGAGGCCGUUCAACCUCUGUUUAAUGCUGCAUUUGGGAGAGGAACUGGCAGCAUCUUCCUGGAUGAGGUCCAGUGCAAAGGGAAUGAAUCAUCUCUUGAAGAAUGCUCCCAUCCACCCUGGGGCAAACAUAACUGUCACCACAAGGAAGAUGCUGGUGUCAUUUGUUCAGAAAUUGCAUUGGCAACGACAGCAAGCUCUUUGACUAUAAGGUUGAUGAAUGGAAAAGACAGAUGCCAGGGUCGACUUGAAAUCUUUUACAAUGGAAACUGGGGAACAGUCUGUGAUGAUGGUUGGGGCCUACAAGACGCAGAGGUUGUAUGCAGACAGCUUGCCUGUGGAGAAGUUAUGGAAGCCACAACAGAAGCCUAUUUUGGAGAAGGCACUGGCAACAUCAUCCUCGAUAACAUCCAGUGCAAUGGGAAUGAAUCAUCUAUAGAAGAGUGCUCCCAUUCUGGCUGGGCGGUUCAUGAGUGUAACCACAAGGAAGAUGCUGGCGUCAUUUGCUCAGCAUCAACAUCUAUAUCUCUGCCUAUCACUCAGAAGCAUACUACUUCUGGCAACUGUGGCAGCCUGCUCACAAGUCCUUCAGGUUCAUUUUCAAGUCCACUGUAUCCUUCAAACUACCCAAACGAUGCCUGCUGUGUCUGGAUCAUACAGGUAGAGGAAGGGCACCAUAUAGAACUCAUAUUUGAAGAUUUCAGUCCGGGUGCAGUGGUAGUUUCAGGUAAUUCGGAAGGCAUUCACCUACUCAUGUUUCUCCACAGAGUGGAAAUUACCAGGUUCUGCAUGCUUGAUUUUGUUGAGAUCUUUGACGGCCCUUUCCCAACAUCACCCUCAUUUGGAAAGAUCUGUUUCAAUCCAAGAAAGAUCUACACUUCCUCCUCACACAAAAUAAGAGUUGUAUUCUUAAGUGAUUCUGUGAAUGAGAGAGGGUUUCUUGCAAUCUAUCGAGAAGUUCCUCCAAAGAAUACGGUGACAACAAACGUUUAUGUAACAGAAUUAAUUAAUUUUCAAGAGCUGCGUUUGGUAAGCGGAAGGGAUAACUGUCAAGGCCGUGUUGAAGUUCGGCGUAAUUAUGGAGAAUGGGGAACAGUUUGUGAUGAUUCAUGGGAUCUAAGGGAUGCAACUGUAGUAUGCAGACAGCUUGGAUGCGGAGAAGCUAUUGCAGCUAAUUAUGGAGCACAUUUUGGACAAGGAUAUGGUCCUAUUCUCCUGGAUGAUGUUCAGUGCAAUGGAUAUGAAUCCUAUCUUUGGCAAUGCGCAAGUGCAGGCUGGGGAAAUCAUAACUGCAACCACCAAGAGGAUGCUGGUGUUAUUUGUUCAGGUACUUAUUCUCCUUAUCCUAAGCCAAGUCUCAACCUCACAAAGCCAAUAUCAAGUUAUUCUUGUGGUGGUUUUCUUGGAUACCCAUCAGGAUCAUUUAAAAGUCCAUUUUAUCCUUUAAACUAUCCAAACAAUGUGGACUGUGUAUGGGAAAUACAAGUUAAAAACAAUUUCCGAAUAACACUUUCAUUCCGAAAUAUUACGCUAGAAAUAUGUGAUAGAUAUAGAUGCCCAUGUGAUUAUGUUGAAGUCUAUGAUGGGCCACUCCAUACUGCCCCACUGCUUGGGAGAAUUUGUUAUGGCUCCUAUCACACCUUUACAUCAACUUCCAAUAUGAUGACGGUUAAAUUCCACACUGAUUUUAGUGGAACAAGAGGAGGCUUCCUUGCAAACUAUUAUAGCAUCUCUGCAGAUCAAAACACAAGUAAGUAUAAUUUUUUCAUUCCUUUUUUCAUUUACUGGCCUUUUGAAUAUUAUAUUAGCUUAGAAUUGCAUGAGAACUUCAAACAGGUUGAUGCCGAUACUAUUACGUAUUCAAAUGCAAUCUCAGUAAUUGCUCCUUCACAAAACUUCAUAAGAAGGAUACCAGAUCUUCUCGUGCAUGUCAGCUGCAAGAUGCUUGAACACACUUGGGUAGAAACGAUGUAUAUCGCUCAGCAAACAAAGGAGAUCAAUGAAACACAAUAUGGCCAAUAUAGUGUGAACCUUCCAUUUUAUGACUCAUCUGCAUUCUGGAAUCCAGUGAAUGAUGUACCUUAUUAUGUUGCAUUAAGUCAGAGGUUAUAUUUGCAAGCUUAUCUCUAUAGCUCCGAUUCCAACCUGCAGCUGUUUUUGGAUACUUGUACAGCAUCACCCUACUACAAUGAUUUUACAACCCUAACUUACGAUAUUAUCGAGAAUGGGUGUGUUAAAGAACCUACUUACCAGACUCAUUACUCACCAUAUAAAAACAUCCUUCGCUUUUCCUUCCAAGCAUUUGCCUUCAUGCAAAGACACUCAUCAGUUUACCUUCAGUGUAAAGUGGUGGUUUGCAGAGCCUAUGACUAUUACUCAAGAUGUAACCGGGGUUGUCUGCUCAGAUCUAAGAGAGAUACAGGCUCCUAUCAGGAAAAGCUAGAUGUGGUUAUUGGACCAAUUGAAGUUCAGAAGGAUGGCAUUGAAAACAGAAACUUUGAAGCAAAGCAAGAAGCCCAAGAAAAUUUGGCAACUCAUGAUUCACAUGUACCUUACACUGUAGCUGCCAUUGUCCUUGCAGUUGUUGUCAUGACUCUUGCAGGAAUUAUUUUGAAAAACAAAUGGAAGAGACCAAUUCCAUAUGAGAUAAUGUGAAGACUUAAAAUCUUGGGCUACAAUGCAAUGCCCAGUUAAUUGAUUAGAACUAAUUAUUGGAUGGAUUGUGUCCUCAAUAGCAAGAUCAAUAUUUCUGAGAUAUAUUGUCAUUCCUGUGAUUUAUGUUGAUUUUGCUUUUACAUUAAAGUUAAGAACUGGAAAAUAA